UCAUAUAUUUUAUGGUGAAGUGUCAUUAUGGUAUUAUAUACCGAAAAAAUCAUUCAUAAAAAGCAUUAGUUUCGGCAUUCUCGCGGCAGUUUUGCAUAACGUCGCUUCGUAGGUGAACCACAUUUUUUAUAGACGGGUUCUCUCUGUCAGUGUACCGCGCGUUGUGGUGGUGUGUUUUAAUUUCGUCGUUCCAACAGAAUUAAAUGCUAUUGUGAUAAAGAAAAAAAGCCGAAGAAAAACUUUAGUAAACUAUGUCGUCACAGACAUUAUUGGUAAAUGGAGGCACCGAAGUAUCCAGAUUCAGUUCCAAAGUGACUGUUGUUCUCGGGGCACAAUGGGGCGAUGAAGGAAAAGGAAAAGUUGUCGAUAUGAUAGCCACCGAUGUUGAUGUAGUAUGUCGCUGUCAGGGCGGCAACAACGCUGGACACACUGUCGUGGUGGAUGGCGUCGAAUUUGAUUUUCAUCUGCUACCCAGUGGAAUCAUAAACGAAAAGUGUGUUUCAUUAAUCGGCAACGGAGUCGUCAUACAUCUACCCGGACUCUUCGAUGAACUCGCCAAAAAUGAAGCCAAAGGUCUUCACGACUGGCAAAACCGUUUAAUCGUGUCCGAUAGAGCGCAUCUGGUCUUCGAUUUCCAUCAGCAAGUUGACGGACUUCAAGAGGCCGAAAAAGCAAACACAGGCAAAUCAUUGGGUACAACAAAGAAAGGAAUUGGUCCAUGCUAUGCCAGCAAAGCGACACGUAAUGGUAUUCGCGUUUGCGAUUUGUUGGGUGAUUUUAAUCUGUUUUCAGAAAAAUUCUCGUCCAUUGUAAGUACUUACGAAAAGCUGUUCCCCACCUUCAAAGUUGAUGUGGACGCAGAGCUUGAAAGAUACCGAGAAUAUGCAGAAAAAUUGCGUCCGAUGGUCAAGGAUACCAUAAAUUAUUUGUAUCAUGCAUUGAAGGAUGGACGGUCCGUGCUAGUGGAAGGUGCUAAUGCUGCAAUGCUGGACAUUGAUUUUGGCACUUAUCCGUAUGUAACUAGUAGCAAUUGCAGUAUUGGUGGUGUACUUACUGGCCUGGGUUUGCCUCCACAAGCAAUAGGUGAUAUUAUUGGCGUUGUUAAAGCGUACACAACGCGCGUUGGCGAUGGACCCUUCCCCACCGAACAAUUGAACGAUGUCGGAGACUUACUGCAGACACGCGGUGCUGAAAUCGGUGUCACAACGAGACGAAAACGUCGCUGCGGAUGGUUGGAUUUGCCAUUGUUGCACUACACAGGAAUUGUGAACGGCUACACAGCCAUCUGUUUGACAAAGCUGGACAUCCUAGAUACGAUGGCCGAGAUUAAAGUUGGCGUAGGAUACAAAAUUGACGGUGUAAAGACGGACAUUUAUCCGGGUUCGAUAUCCGAUUUAGCCAAAGUCGAAGUGGAAUAUAAAACGUUGCCCGGCUGGCAGGCGUCGACCACAAAUGUUCGGGAAUUCCAACAGCUACCGCGUCAAGCUCAGGCUUAUGUCCGUUUCAUUGAAAAAGAAUUACAAGUACCUGUUCGAUGGGUUGGAGUUGGCAAAGGCCGUGAGAGUAUAAUAAAUGUUAAUUGAUAAGCGGGGGUGGACCAUUAUAUUAUAUGUCUACUACGAUAAGAAGAAAAAAAAGGAGAAGAUGAUGAAACAUUCAUUAAUUGUCGUUAAAUUUCAUAAGAGUCAAUGCAGUCAAUGGUUCAUGAACUUUGCAAAAACAAAUUUGUUAGCUUAAAUGUGUACUCCAUUCAAGGUGCCGAUGAGUUCAGCUAAUUUUAUCCAGUAGCAAUGCAAGAAAAACCAGCACAAGUGUAUUUUUGUUAAGAAAAGAAAAAA